GUCCACGCUGACAGGGGCCGGGCCUCCUCAGGACUCGCCGAGGGAGGAGGAGAAACCGGAGCAGGUUUGCAGGCCAUAGGUCGGAGGUGCCUUCUCAUCCCCACCCGACAGCACUUCUCUGCUCUGGCUCCAGGAGACCUGAAGUUCUGAACAUCAGCAUGUGAGUCAGUGAUGCAGCUUGUCACAGGAUGUCAGCGUUCAGAGAAAGCAGCAGGUCCAUUUGGCACAGUGUCAUCAUCAUGUCAGGACAGGAGGGUCCUGAAACACUCUGUGGCCGCCACCUAUGAGGAGCAGGGCCCAGGCCCUGGGUACCGCAUGGAGCUGUCCAUCUUCUAUGUGGUCUACUUCAUGGUCUUCCCCUUCUUCUUCGUCAACAUCUUUGUGGCCUUGAUCAUCAUCACCUUCGAGGAGCAGGUGAUGUCUGAAUGCAGCCUGGAGAAGAACGAGAUGUUGAGCCCCUUUGUGGCCGUGAUCAUGGACAAUUUUGAGUACCUUACACGGGACUCUUCCAUCCUAGGGCCUCACCCCCUGGACGAGUUCAUCCGGGUCUGGGCUGAGUACGACCCGGCCGCGUGCGCCUGGUUCGCAUGAACAUGCCCAUCUCCAAUGAGGACAUGACCGUCCACUUCACAUCCACGCUGAUGGCCCUCAUUCGGACUGCACUGGAGAUCGAGCUGGCUCCAGGUGAGCAAGGCAGCAUCUGGGGAGGGCACCAAGCCAGGACCGGGCGGUCCUCAGUCCAGAGCCACCCCCAGGUGGGUGUGCAGGGAAGGGGGGUGAGGAGGCUUGUCUGGAGACGACCAAGGACAGCUGCUCAUGGCGCCUCUGUUGGGCACUGACCUCAUCCCCUGAUAACCGCCCUGCCUUUGAGCCUUGUAAUGAUCCCAUUUUCAUGUGCGGGAGCUGAGGUGCAGGUUAAAUGACCUGUC